CUCAAUUCCUCUGGAUCUUUCGAAAAGAAAUAAAGAGCUUGGUUUUGGGGUGAAGUACUUGUUCAACAGGUAAUAGACCCCUGGAGUAUCCACCAUGCUGCUGCUUGCGGGCACCUUGUUUACACUCGCGUUCGUCAUAUACAAGAAGAUUUUAUAUCCGCUAUUCUUUUCUCCCCUAGCGAAAAUACCGAGCGCCCACCCACUCGCAUCAGUCAGUUCGCUAUGGAUUCAAUGGAAACGCUUAACCAACAAGGAAUUCGAUGCAGUAGUCUCUGGGUUUCGACAGAAGGGCCCGUAUAUUCGCCUUGCGCCCAAAGAGGUGGCAGUCAAUACCAUGGAAUGCGGUGUUAAAAACAUAUAUGGCAUUGGCAAUGACAAUUUCGACAAGGCACCAUGGUACAACUUCUUCCAAAAUCAUGGGUAAGAUUCCGGCUCCUACUUGACGAGCUUCUUACUGAUUCGCUGGGGAGAUUCCGAAAUACAUUUUGUGCCUUAGGCUCUGAGCAUGCUCUGUAUAGGCGUAGAAUCAGCGGAGUGUAUUCGAAGUCGUUUCUCCAAUCAUCUCCCCAUAUUCGGGCAAUUCUAGAUGCCGUGAUACAGCAGCGAAUCCUUCCAAUACUCGCCCGUACAGCUGAGAAAGAGGAGCCAAUCGAUAUUUUGGCGCUGAAUCUCGCCUAUGGGUUGGACUUUGUUUCUGCAUUCAUUUUUGGGUUGCCACGUGGGGUCAGGUUCUUAGAAAACACAGCCUCUCGCGAAGACUGGCUUGAUCUAUACGACCAAACCCACCCAUCCAAGAACAUGUUUUGGCUGACAGAACAUCCUGUGCUGUCUCAAAUGGCGUCGUUAUUCGGCAUCCCGUUGAUCCCUAGAAAUUUCCUUAAGGCGAAACGGGAAUUGGAAAACUGGGCUAUGAAACGCAUUAAACUCUCAGAGGAUGUUCUUAGCAACAACCCAACUGACGAGACAAUUAGUCCGGGACAUAUGCCUCUUUUGUAUCAUGCACUUAAAACAGGAAUAGAGCUAGAACAAGGCGAAAAGAGAAAUGGAAGGUUUGAACCAAAUAACAUUCAGAGGCAUGAGCUUGCGAGUGAAUGCCUCGAUCACCUGGGCAUAACCUUUUCUUACGUUAUCCUGAACCUUUCGCGAAAUCUUGAGAUCCAGGAGCAAUUGCGACAAGAGCUGCUGUCAAUCUCGCAGCCAUUCCGGUACCAUAAUGAAAAGAGGACUGAGCUCCCAACUCCCCAAACAUUGGAGGCGCUACCUUUCCUGAAUGCAGUGAUCAAGGAAUCUCUCCGCCUCCGAAAUACGGCCCCGACCCUCAAUCCACGGAUAACUCCGACAGGUAGAAAGGUUACAAUUGGACCAUGUGAUAACGUUCCGGCUGGAACCCGGGUGGGUGCCUUUGCCUGGUGCCUUCACAGAAAUGAGGAGGGUUACCCCAACCCAAGGACGUGGGAUCCAAUGCGAUGGAUUGUUGACUCGAGCGACCCGAAAGCUGGAGCUAGGGAGCGUUGGUGGUGGGCGUUUGGCAGCGGUAGCCGUCAAUGCCUGGGCCAAAACCUGGCCUUUGAAUGUGAUGGCAGUGAGCAGCUUAUUCUCAAGGUUGAGCGGGUUGAAACAUAG